CAAUUUCCUUAUAAUGCUCUGUUGUAUCGAGGUAGCCCUCUUCGUGAUGUCGCGAUGCCCAGAUGCUGUCCACUGUGAAGGCGUCUUUUCUCAAGUCUUUCAAACGAAAGAUUUACCGCCUGUGAAUCCAUCUCUCUCUUAUAUUGGAACCAUCGAGCGAACAACUACCACGGGUAGCACUUCGGUUAUUUCUUCUUCCAUAGGCGCUGUAUCGUUCACUAAGACGACGACAACUAAGACAACAGUGACAUGCAAACAUGGCCCAAUGGAGUGUGCUGGUAACACGCAGCAGCUAUGCUUUAAAAAAUACUUUCCCGAUCAUACUAUCUGGGUACCGUUUGUUGUCACCAUGAACACACAAAACUUUCAGCGUAUUGGAGAGCCACAAUAUGCAAGGGAGAUUGGGGAGAAGGUCGUUAAAUCCCACUACAGUAGUAGUAAUACUUACGAUAAUGAAGGCAAAAAAGAUCUAUUGGACAAGGUGGAUCAGUGCUCAAGCGGCCAGGAAGGAUUUGAUCUGUUGGUAGAAUCGGUUGAACACACUAAUCAUCAUGGUGUCAGUACAAGCUGCACAGUUUUUAUCGACGAUAGAAAACGCUGUGUGAGGGAUGGUGGUGUGUGGCGUGAAUGCCCCGAAGGAAGCUCUGUCGCUGAUUUUGUCAGAAGUAUCCGAGAGGCCGCCUCUCAUCUUCGACUGAGCUUGACAUCGAGCCGUCUAUUCCGUUGGAGAGUUAUCGCUUGAAAGAUGUCCCACACACAUGCCAAUUUGCAAAUUUUGUUAAUAACAGAAACAGAAUUAAUAAAAUAAAAAAAGCAG